UAUCAGUCAUCAGCCGCAACCGUUCGGAUCCAGUGCACAUCGAAGCACCACUCUCUUCUUGUUUGUUUGUCCCACGCAAAUUUGUUGAACGAGCUCAAUCAUGAAGGCGUUCAUUUUUGUUCUGCUAGCGAUGGCCAUUGCCUUGGUGGCCAGUUUCCCGGCGGCGGACCUCGAGAGUGCGGAGUCGUCGUCCGUCGUCGAGCUAGAAAGGGCAAACCGGGUGGCCAGGAGCAGCGCGUGGGAUGAAGACGAUCAUGGCACUAUCAAGGAGAUCACCGUUCACAAGACAGUUCACGUUCCAUAUCCGGUCGAGAAGAAGGUCCCGGUUGUGGUCGAGAAGAAGGUCCCGGUGGUCAUCACCAAAACGAUACCGGUAUCGAUUAAGAUUAAGCGCGUUAAGCAUCACCACUCGGGCUGAUGAGACUGAUAGAGAAUAAAUUAUUGUAGCUACAGUA